AUGACACCUUAUUCAGAAUCGAUAUAUUCUAUGUCGGAAGAUAAUAAUUUUGAAACAUAUUCUCUUAUAUGGCUUGAUACUUCAGUUAACUCAAAAGAUAAUAUUGAAACUCAAGCAAUAUUUCGAUCAUUUAUAAAUCAUUUACAAAUAUUCGAAAAUCUUGAUCAAUGUGAACAAUAUAUUCAAUCAGUUUCACUAGAUGAUCGAAUUGUUUUUGUUGUUAGUGGUAGUUUUGGUCAACAAAUUAUACCUAAAAUUCAUUCUCUUCAACAAAUUUUUUCAAUUUAUAUUUAUUGUGAAAAUCAACAGUUUCAUCAUCAAUGGAGUCAACAAUAUAAUAAAGUAAAAAGUGUUUGUAAUCAAUUACACGAAUUGAUUAAGAGAAUCCAAUAUGAUCAUUGUGAACGAAGACAAAAUAAAUCUGAUGAACCAUUAUCAAUGAGUAUUUUCGAUCAAAAUAAUGAUUAUGAACAAUCAACAACAGGACUUGAUGGUCGAUUUCUUCAAACACAAUUAUUAAUUGCUUGUCUUGUUAAAAUGAAAACGACACCAAGAGAUAAAAAUGAAUUUAUAUUACAAUGUCGAGAAAUUUAUAAAGAUAAUCCUAAACAAUUAAAAAUUAUUGAUGAAUUUGAACAAGAUUAUGCCGAUGAAUAUUCCUUAUGGUGGUAUAGUAGAGAAACUUUUAUUUAUCGUUUAUUAAACAAAGCACUUCGUAUUCAAAAUAUCGAUUUUCUUUUCCUCUUUCGUUUUUUUAUUCGUGAUAUUGAACAACAACUUUAUGAAAAUCAAUAUCUAUUACCUAUACGUGUCUAUCGAGGUCAAUUGAUGUCAUCGGAUGAAUUAAAUAUAUUAAAAAAAUCACAAAAUAAAUUAAUAUCAAUAAAUUCAUUUCUUUCAACGAGUUCUAAUCGUCAAAUAGCUCUUUUCUUUCUUGGUUCAUUUCCUUAUAAUGAUACAUAUGAAAGAGUUUUAUUUGAAAUCGAUGCUGAUCCUCGUAAAGAUGGUGUUAAACCAUUUGCUGAUCUUUCAAAAUUUAGUUAUUUCCCAGAAGGAGAAUUUUUGAUGACACUUGGAUCAGUUUUCUAUUUAAAAGAUAUUCGUCUUGGUGAAAAUCAUAUAUGGCAUAUUGAAAUGGAUUUAUAUGGUAAUAUUGAUUAUGAUUUACAUAAUACAUUUCAUCAUUUACAAAAUCAAUAUAGUUUAAAUAGUAGAGGAUUACUUGAAUUUGGAAAUCUUCUAAUUGAUAUGGCUUAUUUUGAUCAUGCGGAAAAAUAUUUUAUUCGAUUAUUAAAACAAUUAUCUUCUCAACAUAAAAAUAUUUAUAAAUGUUAUCAUGGUCUUGCUAAAAUAUCUUGUGAAAAAGGAAAUUAUGAUUUAAGUCUCGUUUAUCUUUUUAAAUCGCUUGAAAUUUUACAAAAUAUAAAUUCAAAUGAUUCUAAUAUUGGUUAUCUUUAUAAUAGUAUUGGUGAAGUUCAACAAAAAAAAGGUGAUAUUAAACAAGCAUUACAAUCAUAUGAAAAAGCAUUAACAAUUUUUCAACAACAAUCCAAUUGUAAUGAACAGACUCUAGCAUGGUGUUAUAAUAAUUUAGGUACUAUUUAUGAGGAUAAAAAAGAAUAUGAUAAAGCUCGUAACUAUCUUAACAAAGCAUUAAAUAUUAAAUUAAAAUAUCUUCCUCCUAAACAUCCUUGUUUAGGUAAUACAUAUAAUAAUCUUGGUAAUAUUUAUUAUUAUUUUCAUGAUUAUGAUCAAGCAUUAGACAUGUAUCAAUUAUCAUAUGAAAUCUUUAGUAAAAGUAUUGCGCCUGGACAUCCUUCAAUAGCUAGAAUAUUGAUGAAUAUAGGUAUUGUUUAUGAAGCUAAACAAGAUUUUAAUGAAGCAAAAAUAAAUUAUGAAAAAGCAAAUUUUAUUCGUACAAAAAUUUUAUCUUCAACACAUCCUGAUCGAAUUAGUACUCAAAAUGAUCUUAUUCGUCUGUCCUUAAAAUUUUAA